GGAGCGCUAGCUGACCGCCCCGCGGGUCGGAGAGCCGGGAGCGCAGGUCCCCGGCCCCGGUCAUGGUCUAGGACCGGCCCGAGGUCCGCCGCGCUGCCGCCUGCUGGGGCUCGCCGCCUGCUGCCGACUGCCCGGGGCUGCGACCCAGGCCGGAGAAGUUAGUUGUGCGCGCCGCGGAGUGCGCGGAGCCAGCCAGCCAGCGACGCGGCCCGCGAGGCGCCGGGAGCAUGGGCUGGGGGAGCCGCUGCUGCUGCCCGGGACGGCUGGACCUGCUGUGCGUGCUGGCGCUGCUCGGGGGCUGCCUGCUCCCCGUGUGCCGGACGCGUGUCUACACCAACCACUGGGCGGUCAAGAUCGCCGGCGGCUUCGCGGAGGCCGACCGCAUAGCCAGCAAGUACGGCUUCAUCAACAUAGGACAGAUAGGGGCCCUGAAGGACUACUACCACUUCUACCACAGCAGGACGAUCAAAAGGUCAGUUCUCUCCAGCAGAGGAACCCACAGUUUCAUUUCCAUGGAACCAAAGGUGGAAUGGAUCCAACAGCAAGUGGUAAAGAAACGGACAAAGAGGGAUUAUGACCUCAGUCGUGCCCAGUCUACCUACUUCAAUGAUCCCAAGUGGCCCAGCAUGUGGUACAUGCACUGCAGUGACAACACCCAUCCCUGCCAAUCAGACAUGAAUAUUGAAGGAGCCUGGAAGAGGGGCUACACGGGAAAGAACAUCGUGGUGACCAUUCUGGACGAUGGCAUUGAGAGGACCCACCCUGACCUGAUGCAAAACUAUGAUGCCCUGGCGAGUUGUGAUGUGAAUGGGAAUGACUUGGAUCCAAUGCCUCGUUAUGAUGCAAGCAAUGAGAACAAGCAUGGGACCCGCUGUGCUGGAGAAGUGGCAGCCGCUGCAAACAACUCUCACUGCACAGUUGGAAUCGCUUUCAACGCCAAGAUCGGAGGUGUGAGAAUGCUGGAUGGCGACGUUACAGACAUGGUGGAGGCAAAGUCAGUCAGCUUCAACCCUCAGCAUGUGCACAUAUAUAGUGCCAGCUGGGGCCCGGACGAUGACGGCAAGACUGUAGACGGGCCAGCUCCCCUCACCCGGCAAGCAUUUGAAAAUGGUGUUAGAAUGGGACGGAGAGGCCUUGGUUCUGUGUUUGUCUGGGCGUCUGGCAAUGGCGGAAGGAGCAAAGACCACUGCUCCUGUGAUGGUUACACCAACAGCAUCUACACCAUCUCCAUCAGCAGCACAGCAGAAAGCGGAAAGAAACCAUGGUACCUUGAAGAGUGUUCGUCUACACUGGCCACCACCUACAGCAGCGGAGAGUCCUAUGAUAAGAAAAUAAUCACUACAGAUCUAAGGCAGCGGUGCACGGACAACCACACGGGGACAUCCGCCUCAGCCCCCAUGGCUGCAGGCAUCAUUGCACUGGCCCUGGAAGCCAAUCCGUUUCUGACCUGGAGAGACGUACAGCAUGUUAUUGUCAGGACUUCCCGUGCGGGACAUUUGAACGCUAAUGACUGGAAAACCAAUGCUGCUGGUUUUAAGGUGAGCCAUCUCUAUGGAUUUGGACUGAUGGAUGCUGAAGCCAUGGUGAUGGAGGCGGAGAAGUGGACCACUGUCCCCCAGCAGCAUGUGUGUGUGGAGAGCACAGACCGACAAAUCAAGACGAUUCGUCCCAACAGUGCAAUACGCUCCAUCUACAAAGCCUCAGGUUGCUCUGAUUACCCCAACCACUACGUCAACUACCUGGAGCACGUGGUUGUGCGCGUCACCAUCACUCACCCCCGGAGAGGAGACCUGGCCAUCUACCUGACCUCGCCCUCAGGAACCAGAUCCCAGCUUUUGGCCAACAGGCUAUUUGAUCAUUCUAUGGAAGGAUUUAAAAAUUGGGAGUUCAUGACCAUUCAUUGCUGGGGAGAACAAGCUGCUGGUGAUUGGAUCCUUGAAGUUUAUGAUACUCCCUCUCAACUGAGGAACUUCAAAACUCCAGGUAAAUUGAAAGAAUGGUCCUUAGUCCUCUACGGCACCUCGGUACAGCCAUACUCCCCAACAAACGAGUUUCCGAAGGUGGAACGUUUCCGCUACAGCCGAGUUGAGGACCCCACAGAGGACUAUGGUGCAGAGGAUUAUGCAGGCCCAUGCGAUCCUGAGUGCAGUGAAGUUGGCUGUGAUGGGCCUGGACCAGACCACUGCAAUGACUGUUUGCACUACUACUACAAGCUGAAAAAUAACACCAGGAUCUGUGUCCCCAGCUGUCCCCCUGGCCACUACCAUGCUGACAAGAAGCGCUGCCGGAAGUGUGCGCCCAACUGUGAGUCCUGCUUCGGGAGCCAUGGUGACCAAUGCCUGUCCUGUAAAUAUGGUUACUUCCUCAGCGAAGAAACCAACAGCUGCGUUAUCCACUGCCCUGAUGGGUCCUAUCAGGACACCAAGAAAAAUCUUUGCCGGAAAUGCAGUGAAAAUUGCAAGACAUGUACUGAAUCCCAUAAUUGUACAGAAUGCAGGGAUGGGCUAAGCCUGCAGGGAGACCGGUGUUCUGUCACCUGCGAAGAUGGAUGGUACUUCAAUGGCCAGGACUGCCAGCCCUGCCAUCGCUUCUGUGCCACCUGUGCUGGAGCAGGUGCUGAUGGGUGCAUUAACUGCACGGAGGGUUACUUCAUGGAAGAGGGCAGAUGUGUGCAGAGCUGCAGCAUCAGCUACUACCUAGACCACUCUGCAGAGCAUGGAUACAAAUCCUGCAAAAGGUGUGACACCAGUUGUUUGACAUGCAAUGGUCCAGGAUUCAAGAACUGCACAAGCUGUCCCAGUGGGUACCUCUUAGACUUAGGGAUGUGUCAGCUGGGAGCCAUCUGCAAAGAUGGAGAAUAUAUUGAUGAGCACGGUCGCUGCCAGGUCUGUGAUGCUUCGUGUGCCAAGUGCCGGGGGCCAACCCAGGAAGAGUGUACCAGCUGCUUCAUCACAAGGGUUUUUGAUGACGGCCGCUGCGUUUUGAACUGUCCCUCGUGGAAAUUUGAAUUUAAGAACCAAUGCCUCCCAUGCCACCGCACCUGCCAUGGAUGCCAAGGAAGUGGGCCUUACAACUGCACCUCCUGCAGGGCAGACAAGCAUGGAAGAGAGCGCUUCUUGUACCAAGGGGAGUGUCGGGAGAACUGCCCGGCAGGCCACACCCCUGCGGAAGGGCAUGCCUGCCUGCCCUGCCCAGAUAACUGUGAGCUCUGCCACAACCCCCACAUCUGCACCAGAUGCAUGAGCGGCUUUAUCCUCGGACCCACCAACCACACCUGCCAGAAGCUGGAGUGUGGGCGAGGUGAAGUCCAAGAUUCAGACUAUGAGGAGUGCUUGCCUUGUGAGGAAGGAUGUCUGGGGUGCACCUCAGAUGACCCAGGAACUUGUGCCUCAUGCGCCGAGGGGUAUCGCAUGUUUGAGCACCGCUGUUACAAAGCCUGUCCCGAGAAGACCUUCGCUGAGGAGCGGGAGUGCAGAGCCUGCAGCGCUAACUGUGGCAGCUGCGACCGAAAUGAGUGCUUCUGGUGUGAAGAGAGCUUCUUCCUCCUGGGUGGCCGCUGUGUGCGCGCGUGUGACACCGGCUUCUACGGAGACCCCGCCGUGGGCACGUGCGAGCCCUGCCACCCAGCCUGCGAGAGCUGCGUGGGCCCGGGCCGGGACGACUGCAGCAGCUGCCGGGCAGGACUGAGGCUGCUGCGCGGGACGUGCGAGCCACAGGCCCUGAAGGAAGCUGUGUCUACUGCAAACCCAUCUUUGGUGAAGAAGCUGCUGCAGGAGCGACGAAGGUGGAAAGUUCAUAUCAAAAGAGAUGUUUUGAGAGAACAUCAGCCUUGUCAUCCUUCUUGUAAAACCUGCAGUGGAUCUGCAACUCUGUGUACUUCAUGUCCAAAAGGUGCUUACCUGUUGGCCCAGGCUUGCGUUUCCUCCUGUCCCCAAGGCACGUGGCCCUCAGUCAGGAGUGGCAGCUGCGAGAACUGUGCGGAGGACUGCGCCUCUUGCUCUGGGGACGAUCUCUGCACGCAGUGCCACACUCAGCUGGACCAUCCUCUCUUCCUGCACGAAGGCAGAUGCUACCACAGCUGCCCUGAGGGCUUUUAUGCCAAAGAUGGCUCCUGUGAACACUGCAGCCCUCUGUGCAGAACCUGUGAAGGAAACGCCACCAACUGUCGUUCGUGUGAAGGAGGCUUUGUCCUGGCCCACGGAGUGUGCAUGGAAACCUGCCCCGAGAGGCAUGUGGCUGUGGCGGGGGUGUGCCAGCCCUGCCCUGAGCAGUGUCAGGACUGCAUCCACGAGAAGAUGUGCAAAGAGUGCUUGCCUGACUUCUUCCUGCUUGACGGCACGUGCCAUCCAUCCUGUCCCCGGGGCUUCUACCCCGACUUGCAAAAGUGCAUCCCCUGUCACGAAGACUGCCUGAAGUGCAGCGGCCCCAAGGCGGAUGACUGCGAGCUCUGUGCCGACACCUCCAUGCUCCUCUACGACGGGCUGUGCGUAGACCAAUGUCCAGAGGGAACUUACUAUGAAGAAGAGGCUGAGGAAUGCAAAGCUUGCCUCGAGUCCUGCCGGACGUGCUCGUCACCUGGGACCUGCACAACCUGCCAGGAAGGCCUGCGGAUGAACAGCCACGACGCCUGCGUGCCUCACAAUGAAUGUGCAGCCAUCGAGUACUGGGACGAGGACGUGCGCAGGUGCAAGCCCUGUCACAGGAAGUGCUUCCACUGCACGGGGCCCGCGGAGGACCAGUGUCGCAGCUGUCCGAGGAGCAGCCUUCUUCUGAACACCACCUGCGUGGACAGCUGUCCAGAGGGCUACUUCACCGAUGAGGACAGACACCGAUGCACCCCCUGCCAUGGCUCCUGCAGGACCUGUCAAGGGAUUCAUAGCAUGCAGUGCCUCUCCUGCCGAGCAGGCUGGUUCCAGCUGGGCAGAGAGUGUCUGCUCCAGUGCAGGGAAGGGUAUUAUGCAGACAAUUCUACUGGGCAGUGUGAGAAGUGUGACAAGAGUUGCAAGGCCUGCUGGGGCCCACACCCCACGGACUGCCUGUCCUGUGAUCGGUACUUCUUUCUUCUCCGCUCCAAGGGACAAUGUUACCGCACCUGCCCAGAGCAUUACUAUGCGCAGCAGAGCACACAGACCUGUGAGAGGUGCCAUCCAACCUGCAAGGAAUGUGAAGGAAAAGAAGCAUUGAGCUGCUUGUCCUGUGUGUGGAACUACCACCUCAUGGGAGGAAUUUGCAGCUUGGACUGUCUCGUGGGGAAAUACCGAGUGGGAGAGGGAGAAAAAUUUACCUGUGAAAAAUGCCAUGAGAGCUGCAUGGAAUGCAAGGGACCCGGCCCCAAGAACUGUACCAUAUGCUCCGCUCCCCUGCUGCUGCACCUGGAAGACGGUCGCUGCCUGGAGUGCUGCAAUGCCUCCCACCCCCGCUCUGCCCAGGACUGCUGCGAUUGCCAGGAUACCAUGGAGGAGUGCAUCCUUCGGACCGCCGCUGGGCCUGCUUCUGAGCGCUCCAAGACAGCUCUGCUGGUCACCUCCUCCAUCACACUGGUGCUUCUGCUGGGGGCCGCUGCGGUUGUCUGGAAGAAGUCUCGGGGCCGCAGCCAGCCUGUACAAAGGGCCCGCUAUGAAAAGCUGGCUGAUCCUGCCAAGUCCUAUUCCUACAAGAGCAGCUAUCGCGAGAACACCAACUUUGAAGAGGACCAGAUGAUUGAGUACAGAGACAGGGACUAUGAUGAAGAUGAUGAUGAUGACAUUGUCUACAUGGGCCAAGAUGGCACUGUCUACCGGAAGUUUAAAUAUGGGCUGCUGGAUGAUGAGGAGGAGGUUGAGCUGGAAUAUGAUGAUGAGAGUUACUCCUACCAGUAACCAGAACCUGCCCACCCCAGAGCGUUAAUGGAUUGUUUUUAUCCACACACCAGGCUGCUGUGUGCAUGUCUGUCUUUCUUAACCAUGAGUCCAAUGAGAAUAUGUAAGAAUUCUCAAAUAUGUUGUGCUUCUUUUGAGUGGCUACAUUGCAUUAACAGUUCCCCCUCAACCUUAACUGAGGGGCAAGAUAAAAUUGGAGGCAUUUUCCUCAAAACAAUAUGUCAAGACCACAAAAUGCAGGACGCAAAAACAAGUGAGAUUUAUAAAACCUCUUUGAUGUGAUUAAAAAUAAUGUGUGGUGGGGAGAGGACCUGUCAAAAUUCUGUUUCCAGGGUGCAUUGUGGAGAUACCUGCUUCUUCCUGGAAUUCUGAUUAUUUCUUUAACUAAUUUUGGGGGGAGGGGGUACGAGUGUUAUUGGUUUGGGAAAGUAUUCCUCUUCCCUUUAGCUGUGUUUAGGCAGAUAUGUUUUGUGAAGACCAAGAAAAGAGGUUUCUCCUCCUCUUUAGCAGAGCACCCUUGGUGAGCAGAGGACAUCCGUACUGAGCCUGCUCAGGGCACAUUUAGAGAUGAGAGAAGCAAACAGAAGCAGCACUACAGUUGAGAUCCUACAAGUACACUGGGUCCCGGAUCCCUCCCCAGAAACCUGGAGUCCAGCAAUCCCAAGGACAGGGUGAGCUGAGGUCCACAAGCCCAUGCACAUUUCCUAGCACCGCCCCCUCAUGAUUUUCUAAGAUUGGUAGAAAAUAAUAAAAAAAUUUGGUGUUAAAUUAACAUAAAAUGGAUCAAAUGACAAAUUCAUCCACUCAAAAAAAGAAUUUCACUGCUGAAUCCCCCUAGCUUUCAUCAGCACUCCAUCACAGAAGUGUGGAUUUUCCAUAGAAAAAGUUGGACUAGUGUAUAACCUAAAAAAUAAAAUAAAAUCCCAACAUGCUGCUCAGAAGCCAUAAUCCCGUUGCUGAAUAACCUUCCAACACCAAUUAGCACCACGACUUUGUUUUCCCAUUCUCCUGGUAAAUGUGCUCUUAGAUCUAUGCAGCAUAGAUAACAGUUUUUCAGCAGAUAAUGAUGCAGAUGGAAGUGCCCUGGCUGUGGGAACAUAUGUAAGCAGAAUGUUGUGGAUUUUCUCAUCAAAGCAGUCAUUAAAAACAUUGCUAGGAGUGGAAUACCAAAGCAUGAAACUGAUGUUUUCAGAUAGUGGUGGUAAUCAUGACAAAAUUUAUUACACACCUGCUGUGUACCUAAGUAAUUCCUUUAAAAACAAUCACUUCAUUCAUCCACUUGAUACUGCGACUCUGUGAGGUUAGUAUCAUUGUUAUUCAUUUCUAUAGGAAGCCUACGGCUUACAAGAGAAUAAGUCACUAGCUUAAGGUCACAGAAAGCUAAUCAACAUGUAAAGGAUAAGAAAGACUUUAAACACAUGUUCUUAAUAACUGUGCUCCACUGAAACAGGAUGGGAAAAUAAGCAUCCUAAAUAGAGUGGAAGCAUGUGUUUUACUCUAUUCUGGGAUAUUAGUAUCCUUCUAGGAGCUUUAUGAUCUUUAUGAAAUUCAUAUAUAUAUUCAAACACAACAUGUCAUUCAGUUUCAUCUCCAAGGAGCCUUUAGUUCAUGGAAAUCAUGUUUCUUUAGCAGAAAGCUCUUAAACCAAGGGUCAGAAAACAUCUCUGGAAAAAGAGAGGUUUUUUGUAAAUACUUUAGGCUUUGUGGGCUAAAUGAUCUCUAUUACACACAGCUCUGCUGUGGUAGCACGAAUGUGGCCGGUACAAAAGGAAUGGUAAGCUAUGUUCAAAAAAACUUUAUUUAAAGAUGGUGAAAUCUGAAUUUCUGAUAAUCAUCACAUAGUCUUCUUUUGAUUUUUUCCAAGUAUUUAAGACUAUAAGAACUAUUGUUAGCUCACAGUAGUGCAAAAAUAGGUAGUGGAUCACACAUCACCAACAGUGUGCAGUUUGCUGACCUUAGCUUUAAAAAUUCUUCAGAAAUCAUAUGUAUCACAUAUACAUAUGACAUGCUUCCCAAAAUUUUAUUCAUUCAAAAUUAUCUGUUCAAAAUCCAUUUGAAGCUCUGAUGGCUUUCUUUUUUAUUCUUAAAAAUAUUUUUUAAAAUACUCAUAAAAUAGGCAUCAUAUUCAUGGAAGAACUUUUCAACUCUUGCUAUGUAGUUACAUUGUCGGCCUAAGAAACAAGUAAUUCUGUUUGCACUGUAUUUCUCUUCUUUGAUAAUGUAAAAACUCUGAUAGACUGAAUAUGGCAUUUCUUCCUGUAGCCUGGAAGUCAUUUUCAAAAAAAAACUCUGUGUUUUUAAGACACACAGUUAAAGGUUGAAAUGACCUGAAAUACUAAGAAAAAUUGUGUUGUUACUCUAUGUGACCUGCAAUAAAAAGAAGCCUCGUGUUUGUGUGUUGGUAAGGUU